ACAUUAUUGUAACCGAAAAUUCAGAAUUUACCUACAUAUAUUUGAACUUUUUUGUCACCGACGCUUUUGCUCCUAUAUCCAAGUGUUCGCCAAAUGGCACAGUGGAGGGCCCCCCUGUAUAGUCGCUCUCUAGCUCAGUGGGCUCCAUUUCACAUGUGUGCUAAGCACUGAUAAACAAGUUCUAACAAACAAACAAUUGGUGUAAUUUGUGUAAGAUGUGUACAUGUUGAACAGAACAGUUUUUUUUUGGAUCAAAAACAGAACAGUUUCAUAACCGGUAAUAAUGAUUAAAUUACCGGUUUAAGUAUGUGAAUCUAAUUUCAGUAUAUGAACUGACACUUUUUACUGUACUCAUCCGUGCCGUUGACGUUACAUCGACCAUGGGGACCUCAAAGAUUCAAUACAAGACAAAGGGGUGAAAGCGUUAAUAAUAGUUAUUUUUCUCACCAAAGUUUUAAAAAGCAAAUUACGGAUCAUAUUCUGAGUUCCCAGAAAUAGUGAAGAAUAUGGACCCUAAUGUAGUUGCUAGGUCUCUUGAAUUUCAUCCUUCGUAUGGCUGAUUUGAAAACUCGUUAAACAUAGCUUAGUUUCCUAGCACCGUUCAAUAUAUAUCCUUUUGGGGGAGGGGUUUGAAGGUUAAUAAAGAAAAACAAACAAAAGCUAUGACUUCUAGUAAGCGAUACAAAGGAUAGGCGUGACUUAUUAUAGCACUCACAAAUGACAACAGACAGGAGUUAGAAAAGCUUCUGUUCAAUAGAUUCAAAGUGCCAAUAUUGGUGUGUCAAUUUACCAAAAACCAUAAAUUCUCUAAAGAGUUUACCUCUAUGAUUAUGAGCAUCACAUAACCAGAUAUGAGAACAUGAUAAAAGAAGAACACCAUAUUGAUUACCUUGGUCUCACUCACACUAGAUAUAUGGGAAAUCCCCGCAAUAAGUUUUCUCCUAGCAACACCAAAAAAUGUGGCCAGGUCUCGUUAAUAGAGAUUCCUCAACUGUGAUAACUUUCGAGUCACAUUGAAAGACAUUAGAGUGUUAAAAUGUCCCACGUUGGAAGUUCGAGACAUUUUAACAUCCUAAUAAAAUAUUUGAGCAACAUACACAUACUCGUCCUUUUGAACAUGUUUAACUAAUCCCACAAAGGCACCAAACUACGUCAAUUUCGCUGUAGGAAUGUUUUAUCUAUUGCACAGGCUGAAUCGCUCGAUUCACUCAAAAGGUGAAACCUUUCUAUAUAUAUUGUGAUAUUUUUGGAUACAAAUCAAGGAAUACUAAUUAAAGGUUAUAUGACACUAACACGUCCAAUAAGUUUACCAACAGGCAACAACGGAUAAAGUUGAAGGCAGCACAUGAUUUUUGUUUACAUGGCGCCUUGCAAACGGUCAAUUUAUCGUUUAAAGACUUUUUCGUAAAGAAAUUAUCUACAAAGAUGUAUUAAUUACUUUUACAUCUGUGCCAUGUGAAAUCCAAGACUUAAAUCUACGAAAGACCAUGAUUUGCACUAUAUCUAUAAUACGAUGUAUUAAAAAAAAUGCAGCAACCACUUGCACCAUUUUCCCAUUGGCAAUAGCAACAGUGAACUUUGCACACUCUAUGAAACCGUGAGCUUCUGUGUUGCUCUACAUCCUAAAUUGAGCACCCUAAUGGCUCAUUGGUCUAUAGUUACCCUUUUUGCAAAAGUUGAUCGUACCCUAGAAAAAGGUUUUGAAACGUAAAAAAAAUAAGGCCUUUUAGGCCCAAUUUAGCCCAUGCAUCAAUCCAUGAAUUACAUGUUUGUGUCUUCGGACUAAAUCCGAUACCCUGAUUCAUGAUUCACACGUUACUUUCUCUCUCUCGUACAAGGAGAGAUCUGCGACAUUAAUGAAAGUUACUGAAGACAAAUUGCUUAGGUUAAUGAACACUUGAAACGUGAAAGAGAAACAUCACUCGCUCAAAACCAUGUUCAUAUCUCGAUGCUCAAUUGUCUUUAGACUCAAGUGUCAGGUAGAGGCAAGUUUCAAGCUUAGAUUCUCGCUAUUGAAGGAUCCAAGCUAAGAUUAUCACCACUUUUGCUACUUUAUUUUUGAACUAAUGCACGAAUUUGUUCCAAAAAAAAAAUCCAAGAAUCAACACUCAAGCCUCAAACUUUUUUAAUAGAAAUAUCAUGUGAUAGUUUCACACUAAACUCAAUCAUAAUAUGACUGGAAACGAAGACAACUUCUUAAUUAAAUGACUUUUUUUUAAUUUCACAAGGUAGAUCAAAAUCGAUUUUAAUACAUAUCAUACGUACGGUUGGUCCAGUGAUGAGUAAACUCGACUUGCUAACAAAUUAAAAUUAAACAACUCAUGUUUCUUUUAAAUAUUUCUCCUAACCCUAGUCCCUAGCAUACACUUUCUUCAAAACAUCUUCUUUUUUUUUCUUUUUUCUUUUUCUUCAAAACAUCUUCAACUCCAGGUUCAUGUUGUACAGUUAACAGUAUAUUAUGCAUAAUAUGUUUUCUUACAACAAUAUGUUCUCAAGGUUUCUUCUUAAGUUGGACUCUGGUUUUUUUAUAAUUUAGGGUAUAUAUCUGUAGUUUAUCAAAUCAGAGGGGUUCAGUAACAAACUUUAAAAAUUUAGAGGCCUUAUCUGAAAACUAUACUUUUUAAUGCAUCGUGGUUUGGCAUAACAGCUCUUGCGAGGAGACCCACGAAGCGUUGGAUUGGAUAGCCUAACAAUUUGAUUUUUCAGAGAUUACAAAUCGAUUCGAUUCUUACCCCACCAAAAAGACUGAUGUAUUUAUAUGUGUCCGGACACGCGGUUCAGAUUUUUGGUGUGACAAAAUACAAAGUUACUUUUUAUCAUAAUGAAACUAGAUUAUAUAUUCGUUGUAACUCAAUAGCUAUGCAUAUAUGCAUAAUUGCAUAGCAGUAGAAAAACAAGAAUCAUAUAAUUAUAUUGUUCAAAAGAAAUGCUUAAACAUGAUUCUCAUGAAAGAUAAUAAUAUCACAAGCUCUUUGGAGUGAAUUUACAUCUUCCCUCCUUGAAGAUGGCUUUAGCAAAUUAAUUAAAGUUUGAGAUAAAAGCAAGUCUUUUCCUAUAGUACAUUUUGUUUUUGUCUUCUUGCAUGAAUCAGACUCUUAUCAAUAAUUUUGGCAGGUCUUUAGUAGAAAUAGUACCAAAGGCUAUCACUCAUCUAUCUAACCCUUUUUAAUUAUUAUUAUUUUUACUUCAUAGUUAUGGCACCCCCCAAAAAAGUACAAAAUUAUUACAGCUUUUGGAUCUUUAUGAAACCUCUGCCUAUUGUGGAGGCUUUUGAUUCCUUUGAAGCAAUCAAUGACCUCUCUGUCUCUCAUUUGCCAGCAAAGAGAGAUUGUUUAAUGUUGUUUAUGCUUCACAUUUUUAUACAUCACAUUUCACUGAAUCUUCCUCUGCUUCUCUCAGGAGGAAGAAUACCACUUAGUUGCAGCAGAAGAAGACAUAUUCAGGAGAAGGGUUUUCUUGAGUGACAAUGGAAGGGGCAGAAGAGUUUCAAGAAGAAGAAGUGUGGUCAGUUUUGAGAGAAAACGAAACUCCAGGUCCUGAAAUGAAAAUGUCCAAAAGUAACAAUCUCUUCUCAGCUGCUACUUCAUCUUCUGCAAGGUACAUUCCUAAGGGCAAAGAGGUCUCUAAAGCCAAACAGUCAUCUGCUCCAAUGAAUGUACCUGACUGGUCCAAGAUUUAUGGGAACACAAGAAGCAACCAUUUGCAUUCGUGGACCACUCAUGAUGAAGAUGACGAUGAACAUUCAAUGGUUCCUCCACACGAGUUGGUAGCAAAAAUGCUUGCAAGAACGCAGAUCUCAUCUUUCUCCAUGUGCGAAGGAGUAGGAAGAACACUCAAAGGAAGAGAUCUCAGCAAGACAAGAAAUGAUGUCUUAACCAAAACAGGUUUCUUGGAAUCGAACGUCACAUCCACAUCACCACAACCAUAGUUAUGUCAUGGUAUGGAGCAUGCUCAAUAUCUCAUAAACUCCCUUAACCACUACUAUUCCAUACCGUAUCAUUAUCAUGAAUUAAAACCUAAAAUUUAUGGUAUCCACAUGAUUUGUUUUAACUAUCCAAUGUUAUUGUCGUUUUCAUCAUGUUGGGAAGCAUCAUGACACUAUACCAAUAUGGUUGAGUUAUCUUUAUUUUUUGUUGUUUGUUAGGUUUUUGGAUGUUUUAGAUAAGUAUGACGAUGAGGAUGACUUGUCAAGCCCAUGCAUGGGACCCAUAUCAUUUUUCUUAUGUUGUCUUUAAUUUGUAGUUCUCAAUGGUCUUUUGUUUAACUCUUUAGUAAUGAGCUUAAAAUUUUAUAAUAUUUUUUUAAAAA